CUCAAAAGUGAAUUAUCUUUCACUUUGUAAGGACAGAAUUUUCCAAGUCUCCAUUUCGAAAUCCUAUCGCUGCCAGGGCAAGAUUCCUGAAAAUUAAUUCCCUUCGAAAUAAGGACAAGCGGCUGGAAAACUCGAAAGAAGAACAAGUUUGAAAUUCAUCAGUCCAUAUCAAUAUCAUCUGGGUUUUUUUGCCUGGUUUCGGUUGCCAUAUUGGUGCUUAUUCAAGAUGAUGCGUUGUGUGGUACAUGUGAACACGCCAGUCAACAAACUAAGCGAUGGUUUCAGGAAUCAGCUGACGACUAUGCUUUCAAAACGAUACAAUCUUGAAAAAGGGAACAUCGUCGUUUUACUUCGAGAAGGUCUCCGUCUUAUGCGAACUGGGACCCUGGAUCCAUGCGGGUAUAUCGAGCUCUUUGGUUGUGAAGGUGUGUUUGACGACGCGGAGAAGAACAGAGAGGAUACAACGGCUCUUAUUCAGCUAUUACAAAAAGAUUCAGGGAUACCUCAGGCAAGACUCUUCGUACUCAUGAGACCUCAAUGGAGUUCUAACUGGGGACAGAUCGGUGGACAAAGCUUGGUCAUGGAUGCCUGAAACCAUACUCCCAGAAGAUUCCUAUCCAGACUUCAAGAAACACUCGUUGAUUUGCUCCAGAUUUCUUCUGUAAAGUUAUUCUCAAUAGAUAUACUAGAUAAUGUAAAAAGUUAGAAAUAAUUAUUGCCCGCGGGAAUAGGAAUAUCACAGAAACUUUCACAAAUAAUGAAUAAAUAUGAGGACUCAUACAGGGGUGAUCCCGGUAGUCCCCCCCCCCUUGAUCAUUUUUUGGGGGUCACACCCCCUCGAAUUUUAAAGUUUAUAAUAAACAUUAAAUAUCUUUUUUCUCUUCACAGAAUGCCCCAUUUGCACCCAAUAUUCAAAUGCCAGGCUUCUAUUUUGAUGGGAAAAAUGAGAAAUGUAUAUUAAGUGAAUGUAAUUCAGCUACAGUUUUCUAUACUGGUAAUUUAAAAUGGAUUGAGUGGUGAUCUGAACUCCCCCUCCCCUAUCAUGACAGCCAAUGAUGAUCGCAUACGGCUAGUUUAACAAGUCGCAGAAGUUGCGUUAUAAAUCUUAAGUUAUUAUCGUUUGUGAGAUAUGGCCUUAUUGUUGUAAUUUUCCAGA